AUGAACGAGCUUAGUGAAUAUCCCAGUAUUUAAGUAUGAUUAACUUAUAUUAUAGUUUGAUAAUAGUCUUUAUAAUUCACUCAAAACUAAGGAUAGUAGAUUGAUACUUAGAUAAAUGAGAUCAGCUAUUGAAGAAUUUAAUCAUAAUAAACAAUUUGAUAGUGAAACUUUUACUAUCCUUUACUAUGGUGUGUAAUAAGUAUUUAUCAGUUUUAUGAUUUAUAGUUGUAAAAAGAUGAUAUCUUGGAGUUUUUAGAGAAAGAGAUUCUAAAGAGACUUGAUGUUUUAGAAUUUGAGAUUUUAUAAAUGAAAUUUUUAUAGGCAACUUUAGAUGAUUAAAAUAGAAAUAGGAAAGAACAUUUGUAUUAAUUAUAAAAAGAAAUAUUAUUAUCAUUUGGCUUAUAUGAUAAACAUCAUUAAAUGGGAAUAGAAACAAUAUUAUAAUUUUAUAAAACAAAAAUAAAAGAUAAUGAUGUUAAACAAUAUUUAUAAAAUUAAUUUAAGAAAAUGAUUAGAAAAGAGAAUCUUCAUAAUUAUAUUAAAAAUAGAUUAAUAUAAAUAAUAUUUAAUUCAGAAGAUUGUGAUUAAUAAAUUUCAGAUUUACUAAUAUAUUGUGAAAAUAUUGCUUUUAUAAUUUAAUUCAUUACAAUUCUAGCAUAAAAUAGUUUAGAAAUAUUAUAAAAUGAAAGUAAUUCAUUAAAAUAAGUAUCAAAAGUACUUGAAAGAGUAAGUGCUCAAAAACCAAAUUUAUUUAAUUAAAAUUUACCUGUUUUUAUAUAAUUUUACGAUAGUGAAGUAACUUAUGAAUUUAUCAAUAGAGUUAUUGUCUUAGAAAUGCUAUUAAUACAAUAAUCACAAAUAUUUUAACUGAACAUUUAAAUCCAUCUAAAGAAGAAUAAGAUGUAGAAAUAAAAGAAACCUAAUUAAAUUAAAGACUAUUUCUUAUUUAAAAAUUGACAUCUAGAAUUAUAGAUAAAAAUGCAUAUGCUAGAGUUCACACUUUAAAGAUGUUAAGAGUUGUUUGUUCAUAAAAUUUAAUCCCUCCAAAUGUUUAACUUAUGAUGUUUCCAUUAGUUAUUGCAAGAGUUUAAGAUGUUUCUUCAAUGGUGAGAAAAGCUGCUUUGGCAUUUAUUAAAUAAAUUACAAAGUAUAAUAUCAAAAUAUAUAGAAUUUAACUAGAUAUAUGAAAAACCUAUUUGUUGAUGGGUUAUAAAUGUAAAAUUUUAUGAAAAUUGCUGAAAUCAAAGAGUAAAAUGAAUAUUUAGGAAAUGAAAUUCAUAAAACUUUAAUAGCUAUUGAUUAAAUAUUAGAAGAUAAAGCAAAUGCAUAAACUGAAGCAGAAUUCAAAGAAUUGGAAGAUGAAGAAAAUCUAGUUGUCUCUAAUUUAAGAGAGAAGAAAAAAUUACAAUCAGUUUUUAUUUAAUAUUAAGAAUUUAUGGAGUUAUUAUAAAAAUUAUUGCCUAAUAUUGAAUUACUAUUAAAUAGCAAAUGCAUUACUGAUAUUUAUAAAGCUAUUUCUCUAAUUAGUUUUUUAUUUAAAUAAAAAAUAGAAAAUACAGAUGUUGGAAUCAUGAAAAUGUUAAUACAUUCUAAUAAUCCAUAAAUAGUGAAUAAAUUAGCUAAAAAAUUUUAUAUCCUCUUUAUAGAAAAUGAUAAUUAGUAGAUUCCAAUUAAUAAUCUUAUACAUUUAUUGAAAAUUUCAUCAUCAAAAGAGUAAAUCUAUCUUGAAGAACUUAUUCGAUAUAUGAUCAAAUAGAAAAUGAUACCAGAAUCUAUUAUAGAAAUAAUUUGGACAAAUUUUAUGAGAACUUAUUCUACAAAUUAACAUGAAUAAUUGAAUUAAUAUUCUAAACUUGUUAGAAUUACUUUUGGUUAGCAAUCCAAUCUUUUAACUAAAAUUAAAUUAGAUUAAAUUAACAAAAUAAUUGAAGGAUAGAAAAAAGAAAUUAAUUGGGUUACUGUUAUUGAAUUAGCAAAAUUAAUAUAUUACUUAGAAGAUAAAAUAAUUGUUAAAAAAUAUUUUUAAUAAUUCUCAUUAAUUUUAUAUUUUUAUUUUGGAACACCUAAUAAUUUAUGGUUUGUUGCUUGUUAAGAGGUUUUAAAUUUGAUUUAAUUUUUGCCUGUUCCAGAGAAUAUUUAUGAUUACAUAAUUAAAAAGUUUAGUUUCAAAAUAUUUGCUAUGGGAAUGACACCUCAAAAAAAGUAAAUAUUAUUAUUAAAUUAAUAGUACUUAAGACUUUCUAGAAGAGGAAUCAACUUUAGUAUUUAAUAAUUAAUGUACAUAACUUAGUUAAUUAUUAUUUAUUGUUGGCUAAUCUGCUUUGGCAAUCAUUCUUCAUAUUGAUGAAAUUGAAAAUCAAUUAACAAAUUUAAGAAAUGUUGAGGAAGCAAAAGAAAAUGAAUUAGAUAAAAUUUAGGGUGGUUGUGAAGAAGAAUACGAAUAUAAUAGUGUAUAUUUGUAGAAUUUAUGCAAAUAUAGUAUUAUUUAUAAAUAUCAAAAGAUGUUAUAUAAAAAGGAUUUUACUAAAAUUAUGUUCCAAUAAUACUAGAGAUAUUAGCUGAAAUAGAAGAGGAUAAUUUAUAAUUGACAAUACUACAUAAAUCUGCAGGUCUUUGUCUGUGCAAAUUUAUGUGUUUAUCAGAAUAAUUUUGCGAAGAAAAUAUAGAAAAGGUUUUUAAAUUAAUUUAAAAUUCUAAUUCAGAUGGAAUCUUUAAGAAUAAUUUAAUAGUAGCAAUUGGAGAUUUAUUACACAGAUGGCCAAAUACAGUUACAUCAUAUUGUAGAUAACUCUUUGAUGGAUUAAGCAAUUAAGACUUUAUAGUUAAAUAAACUUCAUUAAAUAUGUUAUCACAUUUAAUAUUAAAUGAUAUGAUUAAAAUCAAAAGAGAAAUUACUGAUAUAGCUUUAUUAUUAACUGAUCAUGAUGAAAAUAUUUAAUAAUCAGCAAAAAGAUUCUUUUUUCAAUUAUAGAAAAAAGAUUCAAGAAGAAUCUUAAAUAGUUUACCUGAUAUAAUCUUUAGUAUGUCAAAUGAGGAGAGCCAUGAAAAAUACAAAUCAUUUCUCAUUAAUACUUUAAAAUACUUAGAUAAAUAGAAUGAAUAAUUAGUUGAAAAACUUUUGAGAAGAUUAAAAGAGAAUAUAAAUGAUUUUGAAGUUUAUAAUAUAGUGUAUACUUUGUCUAAAUUAUAAAUGAAGGAAUCUUUAGCAAGAAAAUUUUAUGAAUGUUAUCCAUAUUAUCAAGAAAGAUUAGAAAAUCCGUAAAUCAAAGAGUAUUUCUAAGUUAUUAUCUAAAAAGUAUAUAUUAAUUUUAUAAUUAGUUAAUGAAAUGUGGAUUAAAUUAAGAAAAUAAAUAAAUUCUAUUGGAAUUUGAGGAGCUACUAAAUAGAGGUGAAACCAAACGUAGAGUACUAGGAUCUAAAAACAAAUCCUAAAAAUCAACUAGGUCUCAUACAAAUUCGCAAAGAUCAAUUGGAUAUUCAAAUAUCUUAGAUUAAUUGUAUACUUAAUCUACUGAAUUCUGA